AUGGCCGACGAACAACUGCCCGUGCUCAUUAUAGGCGCUGGUAUCAGCGGCCUGGUCCUAGCCCAAUAUCUCAAAACCAAGGGCGUCCCGUUUCAGAUCUUCGAGCGUGACUCGGCGAUCGACGCACGGAGCGGUGGAUGGGGUCUUACUCUGCACUGGGCCUUGCCCGCAUUGCGGCAGUUGCUCCCUGAGGAUAUCGUCGCGCAGAUGCCAGAGACGUACGUUAACAAGGAGGCUGCUGCGCGCGGUGAUACCGGUCGCUACCAGUUCUUCGAUCUGAAGUCCGGGGAGGCGCUUUAUAAUGUUCCUGCUGCAGAGCGGAUCCGGGUUAGUCGGGUGCGAAUGCGUCAGUUAUUAACGAGUGGGAUUGAAGUCCAGGUGAGGUUCAUAAACUCAUAG